AUGUCGCCUUUCCAUCGGUCUCAGGCGGCGCCUUCCACGCCUGCGACAGCCAUGGACCAAGACGAAGAACCACACACUGUAGCGGUCCCCACGCCAAAUGAGACUACAUUACCGGCCUCUACUACGAUGCCUGUCCUCCCAGUAUUGCCCGAGGCUGCGCCACCCGCGCUAGAUGAUACGUCGCUGCCAUCGCAGCCGUCCCCGUACGCGCGGCGUACACACGCACCGCGCUCUUCGCUCGGGGCUUCCACCUCUACGCCAUUCCAUCCAGGAUCGUUUGAGACGCCGACUAAGCGUCCUACUUCCUAUGCCACGUCGCCCAUGACACGCUCGAGCACCGGGCUUUCGCCCUCGCCUGGCCGGAAACACGCGCCGAUCUACUUUGGGCCUGGCACGACGUCGCGCAAGACAUACUCGCCGUUGCGAACGUCUCUAUCCUCUAGCCACUCUAUGAGUGCGAUUCCCAGUACACGCACGCCGAUUCUGGCUAGGGAUAUGGAGCUUACGACCCCGGAAAAGCGCCGUAAAUUGCACGAUGACACCACACCGAGUCACGUUACAUUCGCCUCGCCCUCGUCCCUGACUCGCUCCGCAUCCGUGUCAUCGCCACGAAAACGUGCUGCAGAGGAUGAGCACGAGACACCCACGGCAAGCACCACGGCGGCGGUCGAUCGUGUGCCGGAAGUGGCGGAAGAACCAGAAGUACCAGUCCGUCGCUCGACACGGCCCACACGCGCUGCAUCGACCAUGCGCCAGGUGCUCGACUCGAUGCAGCCGGUUGCGCCACCCAAGCCAGCUGUGCCUGAGGUGGUGAAUCCGUACCAAACGCGGUCGAAGUCAGCACGGCCAUCGACGCCGAGCGCGCCAUCCACACGUGCCAAGGCCCUGGAAGCAGCACGGCAGCGUGCAUCGUCUGUGACGCCUGCGUCGACGGCGGAUACAUCGACAACUUCUCUGUUGGACGUGGUCGAACGAACUGAGCCCGUCCAUCGCUCACCACGCCGUUCUCAACGUUUAAGCACCACGGAUUUGACGAGUCUCUCGCCUGAUAGGCCAGGCGUUCGUCCUCUUGCGAACAAGCCCAAGCGGCCGUCGCCCCUGUCGAUGGGCACGACGGCGGCGGACAGCGACGAGCACGAAUCAGACAUUCCGUCGGCGACCCCAUUGAAUGAGAAGCCAGCCAUAUCCUCAUCUUCGUCGGUCGCUUCGUUCCUUACUGUGCCACGGACCAAGCCAGCAGUCUCUUCGCCCUUGGCUACAUCUGUCUCUACGUCGUCGCUGACUAGUUCGUCGCCUGUGACGGUGCCAGCACUCUCUACAGCGCCGGCGCCGGCCCUUGCACCAUCGGUAUCGAAAGCAGAGGCUGACGCCCCCACUGUGACUACGCCAGCAGCGCCAGCAGCGCCAACAACGCCGGCCUGGUGCAUCCUUCGGCCACCGGAGGAACGUACGGCGCCAUCGACAGCGACCAAGGAACAAAAAGAAGCACUAAGUGUAUCAUACAACGACCUGCCCACCUAUGCCUUUGAUAUAUCGGCACCGCAGGCCAUAGCAGAGCCACCUUCCUCGGUUUCGACGGAAGCUACGCCCCCAGUACCGACGCUGUCGACCUCGGUGAACACAGCCAAGCCUGCUUUUGUCGGAUCAACAACGCCUGCGGCCUCUGUGUCAGCCAAGACGAAUGAGAGCAGUACAUCCACCCCCUCCAUGUCGCUGGGGACUGCCAAGCCAGCGGACGCAACGAAGCCCAGUUUUUCAUUUGGUUCGACCACGCCAGUGGAAGCGCCGAAAUCCAGUUUCUCUUUUGAAUCGGCUAAGCCGGCGGACACAUCGAAGCCCAGCUUUUCUUUCGAUACGGCCAAGUCGACUACAGACGCCCCGAAACCUGCGUUUUCGUUCGGGACCACGUCGGCCAAGUCUACUACCGAGACAUCCAAGCCAGGCUUCUCGUUUGGCUCGGCGUCAGUACCGGCAGCCAAGCCUGCACCCACCUUUUCGUUCGGUGCCACGUCCUCAUCCUCCUUGCCUUUUGGCAGCGGCAGCUCGUCAUCCAAUGAGAAGCCAAGCAGUGGCUUUUCCUUUGGGUCGACCGGUGAUAAGACCUCGACAGGGUUUUCCUUUGGUGCCGUGGGCAAGAAGCCCGGCUUUGCGUUCGCAGCGCCUAGCAAGACCGAACCGGUGGCGGAGGAGACGACAUCGCCAGCCACCGAUGCUGCAUCAUCAGCGGAUGCUACGGCCUCGUCCGAUACCAACGCAUUGACGAGCUGUGGCGAAGGUGAGGAAGAUGAAGACACUGAGCAUGAAGCUCGGGCCAAGAUCUGGCGCUUGGACAGCGGUCAAUGGCAAGAUAUGGGGGUGAGUAUUUUCCGUAUCAAGCGUGCCAAGUCAACAGGCAAGUGCCGUGUGCUGGCGCGCAAUGCGGUGAAUGGCAAUGUGGUGCUCAACUUUGCCUUGUAUGAGGGCAUGAAAGUGACACUUGACAAAAAUGUGCUCACCUUCCUAGGCUUCAUGGAUGCCAAGCCUUGCAACUUGCGUUGCAAAGUCAAAACCAACGAGGCGGCUGAAAACCUCCGUGACGCUCUCGUAGCGCAUGCUAAUGCAGACUAA